AUGAAAUAAUAAAAACUUGAUCAAUUAGCACAAAUAAUAAAGAGACUAGAACACAUUCUUGAUCAUGCUCAACCCAGAAAUUCUCAACAUUCUCUAUUCCGUCUCUUUCCCACCUUUUAACCUGAUGAAUAAACCUCAUCGGAAUAGAGUACUAACUAAAUCAUUUUUGAUGAGUAAGCAACUUAAGAUUAUACAAAAAAUGAUCUAAAAAGACUGUCAACUGAAUCUGUCUUUAUAAAAUUAGAUUAUACUCACAUUUCAAUAUAAUUAAGGAAUAUUCUAUAAAACUGUUUUUAGAACCUUAAUAUAGACUCAGUAAAUCAUAUAUCUGAACUAUUCUUAAAAAAUACUCAAAAAGAUAAUCUUUAUAGUGCAGUGAUUAUUAAUUAAAUAAAUCUUAUACAAAGUGUUAUCGAAACUCAUUCAGUUUGUUAAAAAUUUAACACUGCAAUAUAGAAUUUAGCUAUCGAAUUCAAUAAUUGUAAUUAAUAUGAUUUUAUUGAGAAAGUAAUCACAAUAAGAUCUGAUUUCUUUGCAGAAAUUAACAAACAUAAAAUUGAUGAGACAUUAGUUCCUUAAUAUAAUUAAUUUUAGUUAAUAAAAGAAUAAUAGUUAAAAAUUAUGCAAACCUAAUAAGCUAUAGAACAGCUAAUUCAAAAAUUUUGCUGA